AUGGAGGAGGAAGAGGGAGCCAUUGCAGUGGUUGGCAUGGGAUGCAGCUUCCCUGGAGGUUUGACAGUUUACCUUUUUUUGUGAUGAAGCUAGUUCUCUCAAGUAUUGUAAUUCAUUUCAGUUUAUAUUUUCAAUCACUUUAAAGCUAGAAUCCGCAGUUGAAACAAUAAAGCGGUCACCCUGCUUCUGUAUUGGUGAAAAGCUGCAGGAUGGGCCUAGAGAAAUGUAACCACUCUCAAAUUCCUAGACAGAGCUAUGGAUGCAAGGACUGACCAUGAUAUCAAAUUAAUACAUUUUAAUCAUGUUUUUAAGCUAUACAAGUGUUCAUUUACAUUUACGUUAAAAAACAUUUUUUAUACAGUAUUUUUUGCUCAUCUUUAUCAAGGAUGUAAAUAACUUUGGACCUGACCGUAUUCAAAAAUGGAUGUCGCAACUAAGGAUUCUAGCUUUAAAGCAAUUUGAGAUUACUAAAACUACUGUACAGGUGUAUGAGAAAACAAAAGGUCUAGAAUCACUAGGCAAAUCACGGUUAAUUGCUAUAUGCAAAGAGGGGGAGGGGCAGUUAUGGAAUGUUUUCACUUCUUAUAGCACCAUCCCACUGGGCACAGACGUCAGUUCAACGUCUAGUUUUGAUUUACAUUUGGAUGAGUUGUCAACUAAUGUGAAUUCAACGUGAAAUCAACAAAACAUUUCACCAUGUCAUUGGAUUUAGGUUAAAAGUUGGGUGAAUAAAAUACGAAAUUCCCUUAAAUUGAUGCAUUUUUUCAAAUCCAAUCAGUUUUCCACUUUGAUUCAAUGUCAUCACAACGUUAAUUCAAACAGUUUUUGCCCAGUGGGAUAUGAAGCUGCUUAAUUUAUGUUGAUUAAUUAAAUAAUUACAAUGCCAGCAAUGUAAAACCCCAGACUACAGAGAUUACAACUAUUAUGAAACAUCAGCUAACUUGGGUAUUGAUUCAUGCAAUAACAUGAAUGUAGACAUUUUAAUCUAUGACUGUUUUAACAUCUGUAGCUAUAAUUUUAAAUGUUUUAUUUAUAAACGAGUUACAAUUUGUUUCAAAAACGAUAUACAUUGUUAGGAAAAACAUUUUGUUAAAAAUAUGUAUACAUAGGUUACUUAUUAAUGUUAAAACAAUUCCAAUGUAUUUCCUAUUCUGAUACAACACAUAUUCAAUUCCAGGUGAGGGGCUUGACAAUUUCUGGAAGGUUCUUCUGGAAGGGAAGAACUGUGCAUUGCCAAUCCCUAACGAGAGGUUUAACAGUACUUACUGGUAUGAUGCUGACAACAGCAAACCUGGAAAGACUCACACUAGCAAAGCUGCUCUCAUAGAUGGGUUAGUAUGAAGUUUCCCUGACCCUCACCAUUUCUUUUUUAGCACUGCUACUAGUCCUACUGUUACUCAUAAUUUUUUCUCCAGAAAAUCACAUUGUAGAAUUUUUUAUGAAUUUAUUUGCAAAUUAUGGUGGAAAAUAAGUAUUUGGUCAAUAACAAAAGUUUCUCAAUACUUUGUUAUAUACCCUUUGUUGGCAAUGACACAGGUCAAACGUUUUCUGUAAGUCUUCACAAGGUUUUCACACACUGUUGCUGGUAUUUUGGCCCAUUCCUGAGAUCUUGCGUGGAGCCCCAGAUCGAGGGAGAUUAUCAGUGGUCUUGUAUGUCUUCCAUUUCCUAAUAAUUGCUCCCAUAGUUGAUUUCUUCAAACCAAGCUGCUUACCUAUUGCAGAUUCAGUCUUCCCAGCCUGGUGCAGGUCUACAAUUUUGUUUCUGGUGUCCUUUGACAGCUCUUUGGUCUUGGCCAUAGUGGAGUUUGGAGUGUGACUGUUUGAGGUUGUGGACAGAUGUCUUUUAUACUGAUAACAAGUUCAAACAGGUGCCAUUAAUACAGGUAACGAGUGGAGGACAGAGGAGCCUCUUAAAGAAGAAGUUACAGGUCUGUGAGAGCCAGAAAUCUUGCUUGUUUGUAGAUGACCAAAUACUUAUUUUCCACCAUAAUUUGCAAAUAAAUUCAUAAAAAAUCCUACAAUGUGAUUUUCUGGAAAAAAAAUUCUCAGUUUGUCUGUCAUAGUUGACGUGUACCUAUGAUGAAAAUUACAGGCCUCUCUCAUCUUUUUAAGUGGGAGAACUUGCACAAUUGGUGGCUGACUAAAUACUUUUUUUCCCCACUGUACAUAUCCCGAAAGAAAGAAAUGAUCUCACUCCAAUACAUUUUAAUAGAAAGUAAGCAAAAAUAGAUAAGAUCUUGCUACCAUGGAAAGGGAAAUACCUGUCUAUUUGUGGAAAAAUCACCCUGAUUAACUCUUUAGUAAUAGCCCAGUUUACCUAUUUGCUUAUGGUCCUGCCUACACCUAGUGAACAGUUGUUUAAAUUAUAUGAGAAAAAAAUAUUCCAUUUUAUUUGGACCGGCAAGCCAGACAAAAUUAAACAGGCCUUAUAUAAUGAAUAUGAAUUCGGAGGACAGAAAUUAUUAAGUAUUAAAGCAUUAGACCUCUUACUAAAGGCUUCAGUCAUACAAAAGUUAUACUUCAAUCCAAACUGGUUCUCUAGCAAAUUAGUAAGAAUAUCACUAUUUCUAAAACAAGCCAUAGAAAGUUGGUUGCAAUUUCAAUUUCAUCCACCAGAAACGACAGAACAAAUAAUACAACAAAUAUUGUUGUUAUACUCAAAUAUACCAAUUGAUAAAAAAGCAUUUUUCUUUUUUGAAAAUGUUUAAAAAAGGCAUAAUCUUCGUAAAUUAUAUCAUAGGUAGGACUGGUGGAGUUAUGUCACACAUUCAGCUAACAAAAACAAAUGGAAAUGUCUGCUCUACCCAAAAUUACAACCAUCUAAUUGCAGCAUUACCGCAAAAAUGGAAGAGGAAAGUGGAAGGGGGAAAAAGUAAGGAACAUUUCUGUCGGCCCUGCAUUAAAGACCAUAAUUGGUUAAAGAGAAUUGUGAUAAAUAAAAAAGCAUACCAGUUUAAUUUAAGGACCAGAAAAUUGACAGCCGUGCCAUAUAGAUUACGAAAGUUGGGAAGAGAUUUUUGACGUACCGAUUCCAUGGCACAUGGUGGCCAGUAUGAAAAAUGUAUGCACUCACUAACUGUAAGUCAAAAUGUAAAUGUAAUGAACUGAUAUGCAAAACGAUGCCGGAUUCAAAACUUAGAAUUGAUCAAUUUAAAUUAUUAUACAAAAUUCUUGCAACCAAUAGAAUGUUAUUUAUAUGGGGGAUACAACCUUCGCAGCUCUGCAGAUUUCGCUGCGAAGAGACAGAAUCAUUAGAUCAUUUGUUUUGGUACUGUCCAUAUAUAGCUUGUUUUAGUUCACAGGUUCAGGAAUGGCUGAAGAAUUGCUAUAUUUACCUGGAGCUAACCCUGCAUAUAGCACUACUGGGUGAUCUGAAAAGUCAUAGUCAAUCGAUCAAUAAUCUAAUAAUACUUUUAGCAUAAAUAAUUAUUUUCAAUUUACAAUCUGCAGAAACAAUGAGAAUAGAAAGGUUCUGAACUUUUGUGAAACAUCACAGCACAGUUGAAAAAUAUAUGGCAAAUAGAAAUUCAAUAUGGAUGAUGUUAAUAGAUAUAUGGGAGGGGUUGAAUGGAGCUGAAGGUUGGGACUAAUAACAACUAAUAACAACAACAUAACUAAUGUAAAACAUACUGUGUCCGUAAAACGUAUAUAGGUUAUAGGUUAAGAACUUUUGUGAAAGAGCACAGUUUGAAAGAUAUGGCAAAUAGAAAUCAAAAACAUCAGAAAUAGAUGGUAGAGGUUGAGGGUAGAGGAAGGACAGGAGUAAAAACAAACAAAUUAGAACUAUUGUAAAAUAGUCUGUGUCCAUAAAAUGUAUAGAGUAUGUAUAAGCUGGAAGUAGAGGCCUAAGCGUUGUUGUUCACUAGCUUACUCCAAUUAGGGGAGGGGUGGUAGGGUUAGAAAGUAAUAAAGGAAAAUAUAUUUAAAAAUAGGAAUAUGUACAGUAUAUUUUAGAUUUUAGAUUCUUCAAAGUAGCCACCCUUUGCCUUGAUGACAGCUUUGAACACUCUUGGCAUUGUCUCAACCAGCUUUACCUGGAAUGCUUUUCCAAUAGUCUUGAAGGACUUCCCACAUAUGCUGAGCACUUGUUGGCUGCUUUUCCUUCACUCUGCGGUCCAACUCAUCCCAAACCAUCUCAAUUGUGUUGAGGUCGGGUGAUUGGGGAGGCCAGGUCAUCUGAUGCAGCACUCCAUCACUCUCCUUCUUGGUCAAAAUAGCCCUUCUUGGCCAAAGCAAGUCUCUUCUUCUUAUUGGUGUCCUUUAGUAGUGGUUUCUUUGCAGCAAUUCGACCAUGAAGGCCUGAUUCACGCAGUCUCCUCUGAACAGUUGAUGUUGAAAUGUGUCUGUUACUUGAACUCUGUGAAGCAUUUACUUGGACUGCAAUUUCUGAGGCUGGUAACUCUAAUGAACUAAUCCCCUGCAGCAGAGGUAACUCUGGGUCUUCCUUUCCUGUGGCGGUCCUCAUGAGAGCCAGUUUCAUCACAGCGCUUGAUGGUUUUUACGACUGCACUUGAAGAAACUUUCAAAGUUCUUGAAAUGUUCCGUAUUGACUAUUCAUGUCUAAAAGUAAUGAUAGACUGUCGUUUCUCUUUGCUUCUUUGACCUGUUCUUGCCAUAACAUGGACUUGGUCUUUUACCAAAUAGGGCCAUCUUCUGUAUACCACCCCUACCUUGUCACAACACAACUGAUUGGCUUAAACGCAUUAAGGAAAGAAAUUCCACAAAUUCACUUUUAACAAGGCACACCUGUUAAUUGAAAUGCAUUCCAGGUGACUACCUCAUGAAGCUGGUUGAGAGAAUGCCAAGAGUGUGCAAAGCUGUCAUCAAGGCAAAGGGUGGCUACUUUGAAGAAUCUAAAAUCUAAAAUAUAUUUUGAUUUGUUUAACACUUUUUUGGUUACGACAUGAUUCCAUAUGUGUUAUUUCAUAGUUUUGAUGUCUUCACUAUUAUUCUACAAUGCAGAAAAUAGUAAAAAUAAAGGAAAACCCUUGAAUGAAUAGGUGUGUCCAAACUUUUGACUGGUACUGUAUGUAUGUAUGUAUGUUCGCAAAUAAAUAUAUGGGGGAUUGGAAGUGAUGCAGACAAUUACAUUGAUGGAAGCGACAAUCUAUCUGCAAUAUUAAAGCUGAUCUACCCCCUAAAAAUAAAAUAUACAAAUGCUUUUACCUCCGAAUUCCCAGCUUCUGAUUGCCUUUUCCACUCUUGUUUACUGGUUAAUGUUUUUAUUCUCAGCUUUAAUGAACUAGACCUGAGGUUUUUUGGUAUCACCGAUGCUGAGGCCGACUACAUGGACCCUCAGCAGAAACUCUUGCUGCACUGCACCUAUAGGGCACUAGAGAAUGCUGGGAUGCCAAUGGAGAAAGCUAGCGGAACUAGGACUGGAGUAUACCUAGGUAAUAUACUUUUUUUUUACUUUACAGAUAAGUGUGAUGUUGUGAUACCAUGAUUGUUACUAAUAUCACUUUCAAUUCUCUAUGAAAGGACUAAUGAACAGAGACUACGAUAUCACAACCGCCCAGUACGAUCCAUGCUUGGCCAACCAUUGGACUGGCACUGGUAAAGCCAUGAGUAUUGCAGCCAACCGGAUAUCCUACACCUUCAACCUCACUGGUCCAUCAGUUGCCAUAGACAGCGCCUGCUCAUCAUCUCUUGUGGCUCUGCACUUUGCUUGUCAAGCCAUAAAACAAGGUACAACUCUUUUAUCAAAUUGUGAGCAAGAUAAUUGCUUUGCUAGCAUUGAUGAUUAUAGAUUGCUAGAUUAUUUUAGAUUGCUUGUUUUAAUAUGUAACCUAGAUUUCAUGCAGGCUACCCCUGUCAACCUACCAAUUGUGCCCAGAGGGUAAUUUCAAAAAACAUAAAGCAAAAGUUAGAAUCAUAUGUUUGACUAUUAGCCCAUUUUCAACUACAUGAAAAAGCACUGUUUGAGUGGCACCUGCAAUUAUAUUAAAACGUGUUUGUCCUACCAGGUGACUGCGAGAUGGCUCUCUGUGGCGGUGUAAGCUGUAUCAUAGAUCCACAAGUCUUUGUUGCUCUCAGCAAGGCAAAGAUGAUUUCACCUGAAGGCACCAGCAAACCUUUCUCCAGUAGAGCAGAUGGCUAUGGCAGAGGAGAGGGCUGCGGGAUUAUUCUGCUGAAGCCACUGAAACAAGUGAGUGCUUACGAUUUCGUCAGUUUGCACUCUUUGCAGUACAGUUCAAACAUAUUCAAACUGGGCAAACAUUUAGCCAGGCUGGCUAUACAAUGUGUCUGGGAGUAUUUGAUGCAUUGAAUUAACUCUCAAGCUUUCAUUUAGUCAAAACUUCUAGAAUAUGACUAACAUAUGACAUAUACUGUAUUUAACAUCCUUUAUAACCAAUUUUAUUUAGACUGCAAUAGACAAACUCUUAUUUCUAAUCAUUAUGACUUUACUUGACAGUUUUAUUGCAGAUCUGCAUAUACUGUACAAUUUGACAUACCAAUAGCCAUUUAGGGUGGAGCCCAACAGUUCCAUGUAGUGUUUCAUGCAGUAAAAGGUUGGCACAGACACUGGUCUAUCAAACAUGACAUCAGCAGUUCUGUUGAAUUUCAAAUAUUUUACAGGCCUUGAAAGACUGUGACCACGUAUGGGGCAUCAUAAGCAAAACUGCAGUAAACCAAGAUGGCCACACUGUCACUCCAAUCACCAAGCCAUCCAUGGUCCAACAAGAGGAUCUUCUGCGCAGAAUCUAUUCAGAGUCUGACCUGUCAACUGUCCAGUACAUAGAGGCUCAUGGGACUGGAACUCCAGUGGGGGAUCCCAUAGAAGCAGGCAGCAUCUCCAAAGUCAUUGCCAAAGCCAGACCUCCAGGUUCAGAGACACUCCGCAUCGGCUCUGUGAAAGGCAACAUUGGACACACAGAAUCUGCAGCUGGAGUGGCAGGGCUAAUCAAGGUACUCCUAAUGAUGAAGCAUGAAACCAUUGUCCCUUCACUCUUCUACUCUGAGGACAGUGCCAGUAUAGAUGCUAAAGCCUUAAACGUAAAGGUUCCCACUAAAGCAGAAAAGUGGGGAAAUGCAGGCUCCGUCGAACGGGUUGCAGGGAUCAAUAAUUUUGGUUUUGGAGGCACAAAUGCCCACACAAUUGUUAAACAGUACAACAACUCUCACACCCAAACAGCCAGGGUUGAAAGGUCAUAUGAGUAUUUUGUCCUUUCAGCAGCCUCAGAAAAAUCCCUUACCAUGAUGGUACAGGACACAGCUGAACAGAUAAGUGCAGACAAAACAGUGGAACUCCAGGGUCUGUCAUAUACAUCAGCCUGUAGAAGAAGCCACAUGAAACAUAAAUACAGGAAGGCAUUCACAACAUCCUCUCUGGUUGAUCUGAGAAACCAGCUGAAAUCUGCUUUGAACAAAAAGAUUGUCCCCUCCAAACUAGAUCCAAAGUUAGUGUUUGUUUUCUGUGGGAAUGGUGUGGCCUACCAAGGCAUGUGCAAGCAGCUCCUGAAACAGGAACCAGUGUUCAGAGAGAAGAUCAGGGAGGUUGAGGCGCUUUUUCAAAGGUACCAAAGAAUGUCCAUCACAGAGAGACUGGAAAGUGCAUCAGUUGAUGACGACUUUUCAAAACCAGAUGUUGUCCAGCCCCUACUCUUUGCUAUUCAGGUUGGCAUUGCCAGUCUCUUCAAGCACUGGGGAAUCAGACCAGAUGCCAUUCUUGGCCACUCUGUUGGAGAGGUUGCUGCUGCCCACUGCUCUGGUCUCUUGUCCCUUGAGGAUGCAGUGAAGGUGAUUUACUUCCGCAGUACUCUGCAGAAUAAGGUCACAGGGGGGAAAAUGCUUGUGGUCAGUAACAUGGCUGUGUCAGAGGUCUUGAACCUCCUUCCCUCCUACUUAAAUAAGGUUUGCCUGGCUGCCUCCAACAGCCCACAGUCCUGCACCCUUGCAGGUGAUGCUGAUGCUAUAGACAGUCUCCAUCAAAAGCUAAGCAACUCAGUCAAGAGUAAGAAUCUGUUCCUCCAUGUUCUGGAUGUCCCUGCUGCAUACCACAGCCAGAUGAUGGAUCCCAUCCUCUCUCAACUAGAGGACAGUAUUGGCUCUUUACAGGUGAAUCAUGUUGAGACAGAAUUGUUCUCCACAGUGACAGGGAAGGCGGUAGAGCAGCCAGACUUCAGCACAGGCAAAUACUGGGCCAGGAACAUUCGAGAGCCUGUUUCAUUUGAACAGGCUGUGAGAUCAGCAACCAAAGACAAAAACAAUGUGGUCUUUGUAGAGAUAGGACCUAGAAGGGCACUACAAAGGAACAUCCAGGAGACUCUGGGAAAUGAGACACAAGUGCUCACAUCAGUGCAGCAAGAUAAAGAUCAUGAGACAAUGCUGAACACUGUGUCCAAACUGUUUGAGUUGGGGGUUCAGGUAGACUGGGACAAGUUCUACAGAGGUUGUGAGACAUCCCCAACACCUACCCCAAUGUAUCAGUUCAAUUGUGUGAAGAAAAAUGUCAUCUUUGAGGUAGCACAGAAAGAUACAUCGGGCAGUCAUCCUGUGUUAACUCAGACAGGCAAUGAUGGAAAAACAUUCAGUUGUGAUCUGGCCUCAGCCUCAGUGUCUUACCUGCAGGACCAUAGAAACAAUGAUGUUGCCAUUGUCCCUGGUGCCCUCUAUGCUGAGUUGGGUUUGGCUGCCUUCAUGGCCAGUUCCAAAUCAAAGGUGCCACUCAACACGCUGCAACUCAGUGUCAGUUUUCAGAGUCCAUUUCUAAUUUCGCCAAAUUCUCCAGAGAUGAGUGUCAAACUGGAUCACAUUGAAAACGAGACAAUGUUUAAGAUACAAUCUCCUACAGCAACGUAUGCAUCAGGCAGCAUAUCAUGCAAGCAAGGGAGGUUGGCUGAAGAACAGUAUAUCUCUCUAGACUCAGUUUACAAGCGAUGCACAUCAACUAUGAGUACUGAUUACUUUUAUGAUUACCUAAGUAAGAGAGGGUUUCAGUAUGGUUCUGUUUUCAGAAACAAGGGAGAUGUGCAUUAUGGUGCAGACUUGAUGGAAGCCAUCUCUGUUGUGACUGUCCCUGAUGAACUACUGCCUCAGUUGCAUGAUUUCUGCAUUCACCCUGUAGUGCUAGACUACUUGCUACAACUGACUCCAAUCACAAUAGUGAAUGCAUUCAUGGCAAGGCCUGGCUUCCCUGCAGAAAUAGGCAGUUUGACUGUUCACGAACCCCUGCAGCCUGAAAUGGUUCUAUAUUUGAGAGCCGCAAACGUUGCAGCCGACCAUUUCGAAGUAUCUGGCUGUUUCACCGACAAAGCAGGUCGGGUCUUGGUUGAACUGAAGCAUGUCAUAGUCAAGUAUCUUCGGAGCCAAUCUAAUGUUGUUGAAGAGUACUUCUUCCACAAUGACUUCAGUGUUGUCUCUGAUGACUACAAGCCCAUUAAUAAUCCCAAGGCAUUGGUCUUCGCUGACCAGAUGGGUGUAUCUGAAGCCAUGCAAAAACAUUUGAGCUCACAGUCUCAAUACAUCUCUUUCACACAUGCUAAUGAUCUCUUGAGCCGUGGAUUGAAAGCACUGUUGUCUACAUUCAAAAUCUCAGAUCUGAAAAGCUUUGCAGAAAUCUUGUUUGUGUGGAGCAUUGACAAUGUCACCUCCCACGAAACAGAGGCUAUCCUGGAGAACAUGGUAAGCUGCUGUGAGAUGUUCCGACAAAUAGUCCUGGAACUGAAGGCCAUGAAAUUUCCAAACUCCAUCAGAGUAAUAACCUACCGGUCAGCAGAGAACACAGUGGACUGCAUCAGUGCAGGCUUUGUCCUGUCAGGCAUGACUAGAUCGUGUGCUGCAGAAAUGGCAGAUCUUUCCUUCCAGCUGAUUGACAUCAGCUCUGUCUCUACAGAGGACAUCAGAGUUCUGUCUCAGGUUCUUGACUCAUUCCCCUGCAGCAAAUACCCAGAAUUGGUGGUGAAAGAUGGACAGAUUCUAAAACCUUACAUAGUACACACUCCCACUGAAAGCAGUGACAACUCACAGGAAAAUGUCCACUCUUUCAAGUCUGAGGAGUUCAUCCUUCAGACUGCUAACCCAUACAGAAUGACUAGCCUGUCUGCCAUUCCCUGUGAUGUUGAGGAUAAGAACAUCAAGGAGAAUUCAGUUGAGAUUCAGCUCAGUAAGAUUUGUGUUCAUUCUUCUGACUACUUUCCUGUCAGUGUCUCUGAUAUGAACUAUGGCCCGACAAUGUACUGGAACAAACACACAACUCACAACCACCAGCUUUUCGCUCUAGACUUCAGUGGAACUGUCACAGCUGUAGGGAAAGAUGUGAGCAAACUGAAAGUGGGAGACCAUGUAGUUUCAUGUUAUCCCAUUGCUGCAUCUUCUAAGAUUGUGAUUCCUGAAGCAGCAUGCUACAAGACAAAGAGGCUCACAUUUCUGAAGGAGGCACCCUGUGUGUCCUACUUUAUACUUGCAUGGGAAGUCUUGCAUCGUGCAUUACCCAAAGUCAAACAACAGAGGUUGGGCAUCAUCUCAUCCGUUCCUGACUCAGGUUUGACAAAGGUCUUAGCCCAAACUGCAAACAAAUCAGGAUGGUAUAACAUCGUUCUGCCACAGUUUAGUGAUCAGCUUCAAAAUGUGAACAAGCUUGAUGCAUUUGUCCUUUUGCCUCCAUUUGACAAAUUUCAGUUUGAAAAAGCAUGCAAUGUUUCCGGUGUGAGACACAUUGUUGCUGUAUGUGAAAAUGAGUGCCAAUCCUCCAUCUCACAAAAUGGCUUCAGAUGUGGCAAUGACAACAUUCGCAUUCAGACUGUUCAAAUGUCUAGCGCAUUGGAAAAGGGUUCUAUCAGAGCAGAGAAGCCUCACAUUUACCGUUGGCUCAAAUCAAUGCAUUUGGACAAGAAGUCUUUAGAUUUCGAAACCACCAUCUUUCAGAGAGUGUCAUCCGGUAACAUUGGCUUCAUGCCUGCUGAAGAGUCUGAAUCGUACUUCAGCUUAAAAACCCUGCCUGUUGUGGUACUGGGUAAAGAUGAAUCCAAAGGCACACUGUCCAACAUUCAGUUGUUGCCUAAACCAAACCAGCUUUUCCAGAAGAACUCUGUGUACAUUGUCACAGGUGGUCUAACUGGACUAGGGUUUGAAACAGUGAAGUUUAUUGCACAGCGAGGAGGAGGGUACAUUGUCAUUCUUUCCAGAAGCAGUCCCUCGCCAGACUUACAGCAGGAGAUAAGCAACAUUAAGAGUCAGUAUGGCGCCACAGUCGUAAGCUUGCAGUGUGAUGUUUCAAUCUCUGCACAAGUGGUGAAGACCAUUACUGCGAUUCGGGAAAGUUUCCCGUCUUGUCCAAUCAGAGGGGUGUUCCACAGCGCCGUCGUCCUGCAUGAUGGCCUGAUUGAAACCCUUGACAAAUCUCUCUAUGAGAAAGUCCUGAAGCCCAAAGUGAAUGGGGCUCUGAAUCUGCAUCACGCCACAAAACACUGCAAGUUAGAUUACUUUGUUUGUUACUCCUCCAUCUCUGCCUUUAUUGGCAAUGCAUCACAAACAAACUAUUGUGCAGCCAACUCCUUCUUGGACACAUUCUGUCAGUAUAGGCGAAACAUUGGACUUGCAGGACAGUCCAUAAGCUGGGGAGCUUUGAACCUUGGUCUCUUGCUGGACAAAGACCAUUUCCAAAGAUUUCUGGCAGCAAAGGGGAUGAUGGUCAUGGGGGUAGCAGAAAUCAAUGAGAGCCUAGAACAAUGCCUUCUGCUGAACAGGCCACAACAGGUUGUCUGCAAGUUUAAUUUCAAAAACCUGAUGCAUCAUGUUCUUGCUCAGAAUGCAUCCCUAAACAUACGUUUAGGCGAACUGGCGGAUGAGGGGCUAACAAAAGAAAAAGGGGUAGAUGCAAGAUAUGACCAAACUACCGUGUCCAUGUCACCAAGUGAAUACGUCAAGUCGGUGCUCAGGGAAACGCUUGGUGUUGAGAAUGAUGAGCUGAAUGACGAUUCUUCUCUCACUGCAUUAGGCAUAGACUCAAUGCUAGCCAUGACUUUACAGAAUCUUAUCUUUCAAGACAGGGGUGUGAAUGUUCCCCUGGUUAAAUUACUGGACCCCAACAGCACACUGUCUACGUUGGUAGCCAUGCUGAAAGAGGGUGCAAACCAGGAAUCUGAGCAU